GCCAGCUUUCUGCCGUUAUACCGAGAGCGCGCGAGGGGGGACUUUUCCAUUUCUCUCGCUUUUUGAGGAUUUUAACGCAUUUUUAUUAUUAUUAUUCGACCGGGCCAGAGAGGAGAGAGAGAGAGAGUGAGAGAGAGGGAAAAAAAACACGGGUUACUUUGGAGAAAGCACAAUGUCAGCGACCUUCCCCGGACUUGUCCACGACGCAGAGAUACGUCACGACGGAUCAAACAGCUACCGGCUCAUGCAGCUCGGCUGCCUGGAGUCCGUGGCCAACUCCUCGGUCGCCUACUCCUCCUCCUCCCCGCUCACCUACCCGGCGCCGGCGGGGACGGAGUUCGCCUCGCCCUACUUCUCGGCCAACCACCAGUACACGCCCCUGCACCACCAGUCCUUCCACUACGAGUUCCAGCACUCCCACCCGGCCGUGGCCCCGGAGGCCUACGGGCUGAACUCGCUGCACUCGGGCCAGUACUACCAGCAGAUCCACCACGGGGAGCCCGCCGACUUCAUCAACCUGCACAACGCGCGCUCGGCCCUCAAGUCCUCGUGCCUGGACGAGCAGCAGCGGCGCGAGCUCGGCUGCCUCGACGCUUACCGGCGCCAUGACCUGUCGCUGAUGACGUCACACGGCUCCCAGGCCUACGGCGUCGGCAUGCACCACCCGGACCAGAGGCUGCUGCCCGCCGCCGGCCUGGGCCUCCCUCCGCCCGCGGCAGACGACCUGCAGGGCUCCGUGGAAGCGCAGUGUGGGCUCGUGCUGAACGGCCAAGGGGGCGUCAUCCGGAGAGGGGGGACAUGUGUGGUGAACCCUACAGAUCUGUUCUGCUCGGUACCAGGCCGACUGUCGCUGCUCAGCUCCACCUCCAAGUACAAAGUCACCAUCGCCGAGGUGAAAAGAAGACUGUCCCCGCCAGAGUGCCUCAACGCCUCCUUACUGGGCGGCAUACUGCGCAGAGCGAAGUCUAAGAAUGGAGGCCGGUGUCUUAGGGAGAAAUUAGACCGUCUAGGCCUCAACCUGCCGGCAGGACGGAGGAAAGCUGCCAACGUCACACUGCUCACCUCCCUGGUGGAAGGUGAGGCGCUCCACCUGGCGAGGGACUUUGGCUACACCUGUGAGACAGAGUUUCCCAGCAAGGCGGUGGGGGAGCAUUUGGCGAGGCAGCACAGUGAGCCAAAAGAAACCAGCGCACGCAAGAAAAUGGUUCUGGCUACAAAGCAAAUCUGUAAGGAGUUCCAGGACUUAUUGAGCCAAGAUCGCUCUCCUCUGGGCUCCUCCAGACCGACCCCCAUCCUGGACUUGGACAUCCAGAGACACCUCACACACUUCAGUCUGAUCACUCACGGGUUCGGCACGCCGGCGGUCUGCGCGGCUCUCAGCACCUUCCAGACGGUCCUGAGCGAGAUGCUCAACUACCUGGACAAAAACUCGAGCGGGAAAACGAGCGGACCCACCGACCAACAGAUCAACAGCUCGGAAAAGACGCAGCUCCGGAAAACAGCCGAGCCCCAGAGCAAAGACGGGAAAACAGAAAAGACUGAGUAGCCCCCACCCACCCGGUCCCUGUGCCUUGGAGCGCUGCAUUUAGGAGUGUGUGUCCAUAUGUGUGUGUGUGUGUGUGUGUGUGCACUCAGAGAGGAUUUGUUAAUUCUCACACACCACUGUGUCUUCAUUGGGACAAUUCAUAUUUAUUGUUAUUUAUUUAUCUUCUGUUGAAAUGUAACACUAACCUGAACUGUCCCAAAUAAGACAUCCUGGUGUGGGAGUGAAAAAACACAUCCUCUGUUAAAGUGUGUGUGUGUGUGUGUGUGUGGUGUGUGUUAUGACAAGGAGGAGCCUCGCCAUGGAGACGGCUGUGACUCAUCCAAGACUUUUAUUUGUUUAUUUAUUCAUUUUGAAAACAGGAAGUGAAACAUGGACACACUGACGUCAGAGUUUUCCAGGACAGGGGUGGUUAACUGCCAACACAACACAACACAACAACAACAACACACACACACACACACACACAAAUUAAUUAAGGGUUUUUGGGGGCGGGGGGCAAUUUGAUCCCAAUCCAGCAAAUUCAGGUGCAGAUUUUCUGCAGAAAAAACAAACUGAAACACUUUUUUUUAAUCCCAUGAAGUUUCAUUUUAUCUGUUUUGUGUUAAAUUAUGAAGAGAAAUCACAGAUAUCAACCACAAAACGCACAAUUUUGCUUUAAUUCUCGGUCAAUUCAGCUGAAAUAAUUUCACUUUCCAAACAUUUUUAACAGAUUUAACAGACAACACACACACACACACACACACACACACACCACCCCCUGCACCUGUGAGAGCACUUGAACCACACUGAUUUUUUAUUUUUUAUUUUAUUUCUACGCUCUACAAUCAGUGCCAUAGCAACCAGUGUGUUUACCAUGUGGACGACAGAGAAAACGAGACUGUUUCUGGAUGUGAGACUGAUGUAACGCCACUGCCUGGGGUAGGAUACACUUUGGUGUGUGUGUGUGUGAGAGAGAGAGAGAGAGAGAGAGAGAGAGAGAGAGAGAGAGAGAGAGAGAGAGAGAAGGGUCCAACUCAGCCAUUUUGUAAAAGGUGACUUUGCGGUUGCCGUCGUUAACUCUUCCCUGUGCAUGUCUAUCUUUGUACACUCCCCAGAUCGCAAGUUUAGCCGACACGAGCUCUCCGACUCGCUCAUGAACAUUUGUAAAGAUAUAUAUAAAUAUUUAAAUUACUUUUCUUGUAGGCUUUCAACUAUAUAUAUGUUAAAUCCCUACCUUCUAAAAUGCCGGUGUUCAAUAAAGACAGUUGCUACGUGUUCUACUAUUUA